AUUUCGUCCUUGGGAAAAGUUCCACCAAUUGUCCUCCUCCAAGCCUCGGACGACAUUUCCCUUCUAGCCUCUUGAAGUCAAGUUUGUCUCUUACGCUUCCUCUUUGCUUGAUGCCUCGAUCCCAGACUAACCACUGACGAGAAGCCCCCCCAGAUUCGACGGUCCGUCGUCCCUACUGCGCCGCCAUCCUGCCUCCCCCAUCCUGACUUGUUGUCAGUCACCACCAGUCACGAGUUCUCCCCCUUGUCUCCAGACUCGUUACGAAAGACUCCUCGAGGACGAGAACCCCGGACUCGUUUUGGCACCACAUCGACCAUGGCCCAUCAGUAAUCUGCCUCUCCCCGCCCCCGGCUGGCUUCCCUUGGCUACUCCCGCCGGCGUCUUGGAUGUUUCGACCAUUCACAGGUUGUCAACUCCCUCGUCUCUCUCCGCACUCUCUUCCCCAUGGCUUCCUUCACCCACUCAACAUCUUCCAAGACCGUCAAUCCCGCCGCUAGCCACAAGGCCCCGAUCGGCUUUCCACUUGAAUGUGGGUUCUGCCUCGCACAUGGCCAGCAUUUCCCAUGCCCGCCCAGACAUCCAGUACCAUGAGGAGAACAUGGCUUUGAGCGUGAACGGUAUAGCCUACCCCGGCCGGCACGACGAAGGAUCUCCAACACGGUUUGAUUGGGGAAUGGCCCAUCCAAAGAGGCCAAGCUUGGGGGAAACAAACUGCUUCUCCACGGGGUCGGCUCAGGCCAGCCAAACCCAACCAUCCCAUCCUCGUCCCAGUACCAUGCAUAUUCUGCAGACUGCAACCAUGGCAUGAGACGAGAGGAAGCCGACUGUCUGGUACCACCUUGAUCUCUCGCCUCGACGCAACUUUAAAAUACUACAACUGCCCACCCCCAGUUCACCGUGCCUGGUCCUCCUUUCUCUUCUCGAUACGACUCUGCUCCAGGAGCUUGCCCAUCGUCAACAGCCUCAAGCAGCCCGAGAGCGUUCGCAGCGAUCGCAGCCAUGUCCAACGACAUCACCCAAAAGACGGCAUCCCAGCCACAGGACCCUAUUCACGUCGAAAAGGGUCCAUCUCACAUCACACACCUCAACGAUGUGAGUCUCGACGACAAGGGACUCAACAAUGAGGCCCACGAGGGUACCAACAUUGAACACAGCUUCGGUGUCUGGCAAGGUCUCAAGACCUACAAGCGCGCCGCCUUCUGGUCCAUCCUCAUCUCAACCACGGUCAUUAUGGAGGGUUACGAUGUCACCUUGAUCGGCUCCUUUUACGGUUAUCCCGCGUUCCGCGAAAAGUACGGCGAAUACCUCGACGAGGAAAACGGCUACCAGAUCUCUUCAUCCUGGCAACAGAAGUUCAACGCCAUUGGAGCUGUCGCAAACAUCGUCGGUGCCAUCCUGAACGGAUACUUCACCCCAAAGUUCGGUCACCGCAAGGUCCUCAUCUUUUCUCUCGUCUGGCUCGCCGCCUUCGUCUUUGUCGUUUUCUUCGCCCACAACAUCGAGAUGCAAUUGGCUGGUCAAGUUCUCUGCAACAUUCCCUGGGGUGUUUUCGCCACAACUGGCCCUGCGUACGCUGCCGAGGUCACGCCCCUUGCUAUCCGUGGAUACCUGACUUCCUACGUCAACCUGUGCUGGUGUAUCGGUCAGUUCAUCUCUGCCGGUAUCCUCAAAGGACUCGUCGACGUCAAGGGUCAGUGGAGUUACAAGAUCCCCUUUGCCGUGCAGUGGGUCUGGCCCAUCCCCCUCAUCAUUGCCGCUUGGCUCGCCCCUGAGUCUCCCUGGCACCACGUUCGUCAGGGCAACCUCGAUGCGGCCAAGAAGUCGCUCGCGCGCCUCUCGGAGCCUGAACACAACGUUGAUCUCGAUGCCACUGUGGCCAUGAUGGUCCAUACGAACAAGCUCGAGAUUGAGGAGCAAGCCGGCGCUUCUCUGCUUGACUGCUUCAAGGGAACCAACCUACGACGUACCGAGAUCGCUUGCAUGGCAUUCAUGUCUCAGAUUACCAACGGCGGCGCCCUCUGCUACUCCGGCUCCUUCUUCUUCCAGCAAACUGGAAUCAGCGCCUCCGCUUCGUACGCCAUCAGCUUGGGAGGCACCGGUAUCGCUUUCCUCGGCACCUGUAUCUCUUGGCUUUACAUCUACAAGUUUGGUCGUCGUACUAUCUGGAUUGUCGGAUUCUCUCUUCUCGUGGCCUGCUUAUGGAUCAUCGGAUUUUUGUCUGUUGCCCCGAACCAGACUGGUGGCAUCAUCUGGGGACAGUCCAUCCUUUGCGUCGUAUGGCUCGGCUUCUACUCCAUGUCCGUCGGUCCUAUCGUUUACACCCUUGUCGCCGAGGUCGGAUCUACCCGUCUUCGCACCCAGACUGUCGUCCUGGCUCGCAGCACUUACUACGUCGGUAACAUUAUCUGCGGUGGUCUCAUCCAGCCCAAAAUGCUGGCACCUGGUGACUGGAACUUGAAGGGAAAGACCGCAUUCUUCUGGGCUGUCCUUGCUACCCUUACCUGGGUCUGGGGUUACUUCCGCAUGUUCGAGACCAAGGGCCGCACCUUUGGCGAGAUGGAUGUCAUGUUCCAGAAGGGUGUCUCGGCUCGCCAGUCCGGCAAGUACCAGCUCACCUCGGAAGAGGUGUUCAUUGCCGAGCAGCACCAGACUCUGAGCAGGAACCAGACGGAGAAGUUGUGAUUUAUGAUCAAGUUUACGAGUUAGAGAUACCAGAAUAUAGUCCCUUUCGAGGGAGUAGUCAUUUAUAGCCAUCAAGACCAGACGAUGAAACUGCUAGCACGCAUGCACGCAAGCUUGUCA